AUGAGGGCCUAUUCUCAAUCUUUUUCAAUCAACUCAAUUGUUGCAUUCGUGUUGAAAUUCCCCUUGAUUGGAUACAUUAUUGGAUUCUUUGAAGACUAUGUGAUUUCCAUUGUCAGAACUGGUCCUGUUCCCAAACACGUUGCUAUGAUCAUGGAUGGUAAUAGAACUUAUGCCAAGAAACACAGGUUGCCCUUAAAGGAGGGCCAUUUUGCUGGUGCAAACGCAUUGGUCAAGGUUCUUGAAUGUUGUUAUAAAGUUGGGAUUGAGCAGGUUACCAUCUACGCCUUCUCCUUGGAAAACUUUAAUCGAACCAAAGAAGAAGUUGAUACAUUGUUUGGGCUUCUUCGUGAUAAAUUGAAAAUGAUUUCUGACUACGAAGAUUCUUACGCUAGGUACAACAAGGUUAGAAUUAGAAUUAUUGGCAACAGAGGAUUCAUCCCACCAGAUAUUUUGAAAGAUUUGGAGUACAUUGAAGAAGUGACAAUGAACAAGUCUUCGAAAAAGAUUCUCAAUGUUUGUUUCCCAUACACGGCAAGAGAUGAAAUCACUCAUGCCGUUAAAUCGGUUGCGAAAAAGAGAAUUGCAGGUGAGAUUCACUCUCGCGAUGAAAUUGAUGCCAAACUUGUUGAAUCUAAUUUUUAUUUCGGUGACGAUGUUCCGCCUUUGGAUAUCUUGAUUCGCACUAGUGGUCAUACCCGAUUGAGCGAUUUUCUCUUGUGGCAAUGCAACACCAAUUGUACUAUUGAGUUCCCCGAUGUGUUGUGGCCUGAUUUUGGAUUCAUUAGCAUCAUGUCGAUCUUGUUGAAAUGGAGUUAUUACAAAACUUUACAAUUGGAACAAGACACGAUCAGAGGCAAAGAGCCCCAAGUGCAAAAUUCAGUUUCAACUGUAUUGUUGAAAGAGUUGCCACAACCACCACCAGUUGCAACUGUGACUCAGAAUUAA